AUGUGCACUUUGAAUGGCUUUGUGGAGUACCCCUUGACAAUUGAGGAGCAUUCUCGUGCGAAUGUCAAGCUAUUAUGGUAUCUACUCGCACCUCAGACUCAGAAUAUCGAUGAUGAUCUUGCAGGUCUCGAAUCUAUAUCACUUGAUGAGAUCGACGCCGCAUUUGCGCUACUGGAACGCGAGAAAGAAGUCAUGGAACGAGAGCCGGUUGACGGAAAUGAAGUGUGGAGGGCCAAGUCUAUGCGUGUCGGCGCUAAAAGCCACACGAGAAAAUUGGGGCAUGUUGACCAAGGUCUUGCGCCGAAAUUUGUUGACGACGAGAUCAUGGUAGUUGAUCACACCUCACACGACAACGGACUGUGGGAUGUGGACGUGCUGAUGUCUUCUAAUGGUGUUUCCUAG